AUGUGACUGAGGUCUGCAGUCGGAACUUUAAAGUGUGACACCCAGCCGUUGCUUUGUCUUGUGGCAGUGCAGAUAAUUCAUUUAACUAACUACGGCUUGUAAUUAAGCAACAAUGUCUUCAGUUGAGAAUUUGAGAGAGUUUGUCAACGAGCGACUAUCUGCUGCUGCUGAAGAAAUAUUCGGAGUUUUUAAAAGAACCGUCGUCGAGUACCAGGAAGAGAUCGACCGACAGCGCAGACUGUUGGAUGUGUUUUGGAAACCCGAAGUGAGGUUACACAGGAUAGAGCUCCCACAGUCACGUGUCUGUAAGGAGGAGGAGCUUCUCUCUGACCAGCAGCUCUGUCUCCAGGAGAGGAAGCCCAGUCUGGACCAAGAGGACCCAGAUCCUCCAGAGAUUAAAGAGGAACAGGAGGAACUCUGCACCAGUCCAGAGGGAGAGCAGCUUGAACCGAAGCAGGAGGCCUUUACGUUGACUCCUACUUGUGAGGAAAGAGGCCACGGUGAAGAUCCACUUCUGGACUCGUGUACUGAUGAAACUGAGAGUGUGGUACAGGAAACAUCUCUAGAAUACAUUUCAGUUGAAAGCACCGCUGUAGUUGAACUAAACAAUGACCACCAGCUUCUCUCUCACAAUCCUCAUGAAUCUGAUGGCCAAGAUCAGAAAGGAGUAAAACUUAGUUUAACAUCAAACAAGGAACCAGCUCCUCCGAGUGAGAAGCCAUUUUUGUGCAGAGAUUGUGGGAAAUACUUUCAACAUAGAAAUAGCUUGUUGGGCCACAUGAGAAGAACCCACAGAGUUGAUCAACCAUAUGUAUGCAACACCUGUGGGAAAAGAUUCCCUCAUGAAUCAGUAUUCAAGGCCCAUAAAAGAGUCCAUAGUGAUAAGAAACCCUUUUCUUGUGAACCAUGUGGAAAAGAAUUCAGAUAUAAUAGUGAUUUAAAAGCCCACAUGAUUGUUCACACUGGGGAAAGGCCGUAUUCCUGCAUCACCUGUGGGAAAACAUUCUCUCGGUCAUCACAUUUAAAGGCUCAUAUAAGCAUUCAUAGUGAGGAGAAGCCAUUUUCCUGCAUCACGUGCGGGAAAACAUUCACUCAGAAAUCACAAUUGAAGUGUCAUACAUUAAUCCACACAGGGGAAAGGCCGUAUUCUUGCAACACUUGUGGGAAAACAUUCACUCACCCAUCAGUAUUGAAGCGUCAUAUACCAAUACACACAGGGGAAAGGCCACAUUCUUGUAGCACCUGUGGGAAAACAUUCUCUCGGUCAUCACAUUUAAAGGCUCAUAUAAGAAUUCAUAGUGGGGAGAAGCCAUAUUCCUGCAUCACCUGCGGAAAAACAUUCACUCGGACAUCAGCGUUGAAGCGUCAUAUUAGAAUCCACAGUGGGGAGAAGCCAUAUUCUUGUAGCACCUGUGGGAAAACAUUCACUCACCCAUCAGUAUUGAAGCGUCAUAUACCAAUACACACAGGGGAAAGGCCACAUUCUUGUAGCACCUGUGGGAAAACAUUCACUCAGAGAUCACAAUUGAAGUGUCAUACAUCAAUCCACACAGGGGAAAGGCCGUAUUCCUGCAUCACCUGCGGAAAAACAUUCGCUCGGACAUCAGUGUUGAAGUGUCAUAUUAGAAUCCACAGUGGGGAGAAGCCAUAUUCUUGUAGCACCUGUGGGAAAACAUUCUCUCAGCCAUCACAUUUGAAGUAUCAUUUAAGUAUUCAUAGUGGGGAGAAGCCAUAUUCUUGCAUCACGUGCGGGAAAACAUUCACUCAGAGAUCACAAUUGAAGUGUCAUACAUCAAUCCACACAGGGGAAAGGCCGUAUUCUUGCAACACUUGUGGGAAGACAUUCACUCAUCCAUCAGUAUUGAAGCGUCAUAUAUCAAUCCACACAGGGGAAAGGCCACAUUCUUGUAGCACCUGUGGGAAAACAUUCUUUCACCCGUCACAUUUGAAGUAUCAUUUAAGAAUUCAUAGUGGGGAGAAGCCAUAUUCCUGCAUCACCUGCGGAAAAACAUUCGCUCGGACAUCAGUGUUGAAGCGUCAUAUUAGAAUCCACAGUGGGGAGAAGCCAUAUUCUUGUAGCACCUGUGGGAAAACAUUCUCUCAGCCAUCACAUUUGAAGUAUCAUUUAAGAAUUCAUAGUCGGGAGAAGCCAUACUCUUGCGUCACCUGAGGGAAAACAUUCACUUGGACAGCAGUGUUGAAGCGUCAUAUAAGAACCCACAAGGGGGAGACGUCUUAAAGUAAAUAUUUGGAGCAAUUAAGAUUUAAAAAGGCGUUGAAGCCUUCUAUAAGAACGGAACAUAAAUGCUGCAUUUGAGAGAAAAGUCUUUUGUCACUUGUUCGCUAGUGCACUUUAUUUUUUUUAUUUUUUUUAUUAAACUUUGUCUUUUUUAAACUAACCCAUAGCAUUAG